AGCCUUAUUUAUUACAUACCGAAGUAUAAAACCGCCUGGCCGGCUGCAUGUCUCAUCUGCAGCCCUGGCACUUGCCCGAAGAGACCACGGCAGCUGGAGCCCUAGCCGUCUUCUCCGGGAGGCUCUGUGGCUCUGUUGAGAAUCAUGCUCGGAAGGCAGCUCGUCUGUUGGCACCUGCUGGCUUUGCUUUUCCUCCCUUUUUGCCUGUGUCAAGAUGAAUACAUGGAGGUGAGCGGAAGAGCUAAUAAAGUGGUGGCGAGAAUAGUGCAAAGCCAUCAGCAGACUGGCCGUAGCGGCUCCAAGAGGGAGAAAGUGAGAGAGCGGAGCCAUCCUAAAACUGGGACUGUGGAUAAUAACACUUCUACAGACCUAAAACCCCUGAGACCAGAUGAGCUACCGCACCCCGAGGUAGAUGACCUAGCCCAGAUCACCCCAUUCUGGGGCCAGUCUCCACAAACUGGAGGACUGCCCCCAGACUGCAGCAAGUGUUGUCAUGGAGACUACAGCUUUCGAGGCUACCAAGGCCCCCCUGGACCUCCUGGUCUCCCUGGCAUUCCAGGAAACCAUGGAAACAAUGGCAAUAACGGAGCCACUGGCCACGAAGGGGCCAAAGGAGAGAAAGGAGACAAAGGUGAUCUGGGGCCACGAGGGGAGCGUGGGCAGCAUGGCCCCAAAGGAGAGAAGGGCUAUCCGGGGAUCCCACCAGAACUGCAGAUUGCGUUCAUGGCUUCUCUGGCAACUCACUUCAGCAAUCAGAACAGUGGGAUUAUCUUCAGCAGUGUCGAAACCAACAUCGGAAAUUUCUUCGAUGUCAUGACCGGUAGAUUUGGGGCCCCAGUAUCAGGUGUGUAUUUCUUCACCUUCAGCAUGAUGAAGCAUGAGGACGUUGAGGAAGUGUAUGUGUACCUCAUGCACAAUGGCAACACGGUCUUCAGCAUGUACAGUUAUGAAACAAAGGGGAAAUCAGAUACAUCCAGCAACCAUGCAGUGCUGAAACUGGCCAAAGGGGAUGAGGUUUGGCUGAGAAUGGGCAAUGGCGCUCUUCACGGGGACCACCAGCGCUUCUCCACCUUUGCAGGCUUCCUGCUCUUUGAAACUAAGUAAAAGUAUGAAUAGACCAGCUCCACUUUGGGGAAGACUUAUAGCUGAGCUGGUAUUGUCAUGAUGAGGGACUUUAGAUUUGAUGGUUCUACAUGUUGUAUUAAAAAAAUUUUUUAUUGGUUACAUUGCUAAUCAUACUACAGGUACAUCAGUAAUGUGGGAUGACUCAGGAGCUCAGAAGAAACCACAAAACAGUCUUCCCAAGUGACCUUGACUAAUAUACCCAGCAACCUUUAUCACUCUUUCCUAGGCACCUAAAAGAGAGUUCCCUUCUUGAUACAGGUUGGAAAUAAUUGUUCCCAUCAGAGAAGUCAUUUGCAAAGAGUAUUGGCGGCUCUAAUAGCAACAUUCAGGAACCCCUGAGG